CCGGGGGUGUGGAGCAGCCAAGAUGGAGCCGGCCGCCGCCGGUCCCGGCCCUCUGAUUGUGAACAACAAGCAGCCCCAGCCGCCACCUCCUCCGCCGCCCACCACCGCACAGCCUCCUCCCGGGGCGCCGAGGGCCGCUGGAGGACUCCUGCCGGGGGGCAAAGCUCGCGAGUUUAACCGCAACCAGCGCAAAGACUCGGAGGGCUAUUCUGAGUCUCCAGACCUGGAGUUUGAGUAUGCUGACACAGACAAGUGGGCAGCAGAGCUUGCAGAGCUUUACAGCUAUACAGAAGGACCAGAAUUCUUGAUGAAUCGAAAAUGCUUUGAGGAGGACUUCCGGAUCCAUGUGACAGACAAGAAGUGGACCGAGCUGGAUACCAACCAGCACCGUACCCAUGCCAUGAGGCUUCUGGAUGGCUUGGAAGUCACUGCCCGGGAGAAAAGACUUAAGGUGGCCCGUGCAAUUCUCUAUGUUGCCCAAGGUACCUUUGGAGAAUGCAGCUCAGAGGCAGAAGUGCAGUUCUGGAUGCGCUACAACGUCUUUCUGCUCCUGGAGGUGGGCACGUUCAAUGCUUUGGUGGAGCUUCUGAACAUGGAAAUAGAUAACAGUGCUGCAUGCAGCAGUGCAGUGAGGAAGCCUGCCAUCUCCCUGGCUGACAGCACAGACCUGAGGGUUCUGCUCAACAUCAUGUACCUGAUUGUGGAGACUGUGCACCAGGAUUGUGAGGGUGACAAGGCCGAGUGGAGAACGAUGCGACAGACCUUCAGAGCUGAGCUGGGCUCCCCUCUGUACAACAACGAGCCAUUUGCCAUCAUGCUAUUUGGGAUGGUGACCAAAUUUUGCAGCGGCCAUGCCCCCCACUUCCCCAUGAAGAAAGUUCUCUUGCUGCUCUGGAAGACUGUAUUGUGCACACUGGGAGGCUUUGAGGAGCUGCAGAGCAUGAAGGCUGAGAAGCGUACUCUCCUUGGCCUUCCCCCACUGCCUGAGGACAGCAUCAAGGUGAUCCGAAACAUGAGGGCUGCCUCUCCACCAGCCUCUGCCUCAGACCUGAUUGAGCAGCAGCAGAAACGGGGCCGACGGGAGCACAAGGCUCUGAUAAAGCAGGACAAUUUAGAUGCCUUCAAUGAACGGGAUCCAUAUAAGGCUGAUGACUCUCGAGAAGAGGAGGAGGAGAACGAUGAUGACAACAGCCUGGAGGGGGAGACUUUUCCCCUUGAGCGAGAUGAGGUGAUGCCUCCCCCACUACAGCACCCUCAGACUGACAGACUUACCUGCCCCAAAGGGCUCCCUUGGGCUCCCAAGGUCAGAGAGAAAGACAUUGAGAUGUUCCUUGAAUCCAGCCGCAGCAAGUUCAUAGGCUACACUCUAGGCAGUGACACCAGCACAGUGGUGGGGCUGCCAAGGCCAAUCCACGAAAGCAUCAAGACACUGAAACAGCACAAGUACACAUCGAUUGCAGAGGUCCAGGCACAGAUGGAAGAGGAAUUCCUUCGCUCUCCUCUCUCAGGGGGAGAAGAGGAAGUUGAGCAAGUUCCUGCAGAAACCCUCUACCAAGGCUUACUCCCCAGCCUGCCUCAGUAUAUGAUUGCCCUCCUGAAGAUCCUACUGGCUGCAGCUCCCACAUCAAAAGCCAAAACGGACUCAAUCAACAUCCUGGCAGAUGUUCUGCCUGAGGAGAUGCCCACCACAGUGUUGCAGAGCAUGAAGCUGGGGGUGGACGUGAACCGCCACAAAGAGGUCAUCGUCAAGGCCAUUUCCGCUGUGCUGCUGCUGCUGCUCAAGCACUUUAAGUUGAACCAUGUCUACCAGUUUGAAUACAUGGCCCAGCACCUGGUCUUUGCCAACUGCAUCCCUUUGAUCCUGAAGUUCUUCAAUCAAAACAUCAUGUCCUACAUCACUGCCAAGAACAGCAUUUCCGUCCUGGAUUACCCUCAUUGCGUGGUGAAUGAGCUUCCAGAGCUAACUGCAGAGAGUCUGGAAGCUGGUGACAACAACCAGUUUUGCUGGAGGAACCUCUUCUCUUGCAUUAAUCUGCUUCGGAUCUUGAACAAGCUAACGAAGUGGAAACAUUCAAGGACUAUGAUGCUGGUGGUGUUCAAGUCGGCGCCCAUCCUGAAGCGGGCCCUGAAGGUGAAGCAAGCCAUGAUGCAGCUCUAUGUGCUGAAGCUGCUCAAAGUGCAGACCAAGUACUUGGGGCGACAGUGGCGCAAGAGCAACAUGAAGACCAUGUCCGCCAUCUACCAGAAGGUGCGGCAUCGGCUGAACGAUGACUGGGCCUAUGGCAAUGAUCUUGAUGCCCGGCCUUGGGACUUCCAGGCAGAGGAGUGUGCCCUUCGUGCCAACAUCGAACGCUUCAAUGCCCGGCGCUAUGACCGGACCCACAGCAACCCUGACUUCUUGCCAGUGGACAAUUGCCUGCAGAGUGUCUUGGGCCAGCGGGUAGAUCUACCUGAGGACUUCCAAAUGAACUAUGACCUGUGGCUAGAAAGGGAGGUCUUCUCUAAGCCCAUUUCCUGGGAAGAGUUGCUGCAGUGAGGAGGACUGAAAGAGACCAUGAUCUCAUCACACCCGAGGGACUGGCCUCAUCAUUGCUGCAGUGCCCAGAUUGCCCUCCAGGUGGCAGCACAGCUCCAUUGAGUCCUCCACAGCCAGCCCUGGGCCUGUGAGUAAAUCUAGGAUGGCCUCUGGUUGGUUCCCAGGAUCCUACUCAGGAGCAGUCAUCUCCAAGCUGGGAUCUACUCUUCCUCCACUUGCCCAGUGUCUACCCUCCCCUCUUGGAUCAGAUUGAUUGCAACCCAUUUCACAGUUAGCCCUAGGCUGGGAAAAGCUGAGAUGGGCCUUGCAUCCCUUCUCAUUGACAGCUGAAUCUCAAGGUCACACUGACUCCUGAGCAGCUUUGGCAUGUCAGCUGGUCAAGAAGGAGGGGCUGUGUGAGGGCCAAGAACAGAAAGUCAGCACCUUGGUUGUGCUCUGGGGGUAUCGGUGCCAUUCCAGCAUCCUGCUGAGUUUUGUCCAGAAGUGAUAGAUCCCACAGCUUCUGCACCCUGGCUUUGGAUAUAAUUGAAGAUAGAGCAAGGCUUCCCGAAGUCAGAUGUGCCAGUUUCCUCUUGAUUACCAUGGCCUGUAAAUAUAUAAAACUCUGUGUGUUCUCUUGUGUCAUGGUGGGGUUUUUAAUGUGUUUGUGUAUUCUGUUUACAUUAAAAGAAAGCAAAACUA